GGAAGAUGAAGCUCCUGUAUGUGCUGGUGCUGAUGGCCGUGUGUAGAUCUGCAGCAGGCAGUAUUGAUGAGAUGAAGAGACUGUACAGCGACUUGUUUGGAAAUUACAGCACUAAAAUCAGACCAGUAUACAACCAGAGUCAACAUGUGGACGUUCACAGCAGAUUCAGCUUGUUGGCCAUAACUGAAGUAGACCAGGUCAGACAGAUCCUACAUAGCUACGUGUUGAUGGAUCUAACUUGGCGGGACGAGUUUCUCACCUGGAAACCUGAGGAAUAUAAUGGCAUAAGUUCUAUACACCCGCCACUGACUGACAUUUGGAGACCGAAACUCAUCGUGCCAGUGUCUGUUGAGGAUCGGGAUGUCUUCAAAGACGAGACAUCCUCCAUUACAGUUAACAGCGAUGGUACAGUAACGUGGUUACCUGGGGCAAAUUUUGCAAGUGGCUGCAAGUUAGAUAUGACGUUAUUUCCAUUUGAUGUUCAGACAUGCCAGUUCCGAUUUCUACCCGUCAGCUAUAAUUCAAAUGAACUGAAGAUGGUUUCAUCGCUGAUUAGUGCAAACACCCAAGCGUACACAGAAAACGGAGAAUGGAGUCUUACAGCUUCCAGAGCUUACACUACUGAAAGAACCUUCGUAGAUUCAACCUUCUCUUUCCUUUACGUGGACAUUGACCUUGAAAGGCGACCGAUGUUUUUUGUCUUCAAUGUAAUACUACCUGUGGUGGUGCUUUCAUUUCUCAACAUCUUUGUCUUCUCACUUCCCUGUGACUGUGGCGAGAAGGUUUCGUAUGCCAUCACGUGCCUUCUCUCUCUGACUGUAUUCAUGAGUAUUGUGAGUGAACUACUUCCCAAAUCGUCUGACAACAUCCCAAUGGUGACAUUGUAUCUAACGUGUCUCCUCGGUAUCAGUGUUCUGUCUGUGGUCGCCACCAUCCUCAUCGUCAUGAAAGAUCGUGUGAAGGUCAACAAGGAAAACCAACAGUCGCCAUUGUUUGUGAUUCCACGUCUCUGCUUCUUGCCGUUUCGAGGAAGUAGACGCAGGGUUUGGGGCGAGGUUCAGCGGGAUUGCAAAACCGAUGGCUCGGCUGGGAAUUGGAAUUCAAAUGGAAAGGUUCUGGAAGGUCAAAGUAGUUCUGGUGGGUACUGUGUAACUGCUGACUCUCUGUGUAUGGUUAUAUUCACAGCUCUUUGGAUGAUUGUGUCUGUGGGAUUCCUCAUCCAGAUAACACAAUAAGGGAAACUCCUCAGUCUAUCUGUAAAUUUAUAUCUGUACUGAAUUAUUAUUCAAGAAUAUUCUGGUUGAUCAUCAUAUACGAAAGGAAGCUUUUAAUUGUUAGAAUUCUUUCGAAAUUUAAAAAUAUAAUAAUGUCCAUGCACACUUUAAUCGGU